UUUCCCAUAUGUUUACAAGCUAUGCAGAUAUGAAAACUACAUGGUACAACUGCGUCAGCCGAUUGUUAUAGGUAUGGAGGCACUGGAGUCGGACCAGUCGGUUAGCCAGGAUGAGGACGGGUGUGAAGACCAGGCUUCUAAGCGCAUUAAGACGGAGCCGGACAACGACGACUCACUCAUCGGUCUGACGUCUAUACCGGACCAUGGCAGUGCUGCGAUCCUCACACCCAGUAGUGGUGGAGCACUAGUCAGACUUCUUCAGGGAGUGAGCACGAGCAAUGGAACUGGACUGCCGGAGAAUGUACAGAUCAUUGCUCUCGCAGAUUCAAGCGACUCAAAUGAAAACGUAGCACAGUGGCAGGUGCUGCCAGCUGGUGGUGAAGGAGACGUGCCUCAGUUCUUUGCAACCUGCGUCGGCAAAGCAGAUGACGCCAGCGGAGGGCUUCUUGUUUGCACAGAGAAGGGCGUCGGCGGCGGCGGUGACGUCGUGGGGAGGCAGGAUCUACUGUCGUCGGUCGUCUGGCCGCAGGAGGUGCUGCCGGUGCAACCGAUGCCAGCGGGGAGUCCGGAGUGGGCAACAAGGAUGCGAGACUGCGAGAAAAUCGGUGACUCGUACCGUGGCUGGGUCGCGUCGGAGCAGGAGCUAGACUUGUUGCUCACCUACCACAAGCAGCAGACGGGCAGCAUGUGGGGCACGCGGCAGUCCCCGAGCCCCGCCCGCGCCUCCAGCCGACUCAUGUGGAAGUCGCAGUACGUGCCGUUCGACGGCAUGCCCUUCCUGAAUGCCGGGAGUCGUGCGGUGGUGAUGGAGUGUCAGUACGGGCCGCGGCGGAAGGGGAAGGAUCCGACCUUGAAGAAGCCAAUCGUGGACACGAUGAAGACUAUCUACAAACAAACGUGUCCGGCAAGGAUCUACGUGAAGAAGGUGCGCAAGUACCCGCAGUUCAAGGUGAACAUGGAGCUGAGCAAGCGCAACAUGCGAGCGGAGAUGGAUCGCAUCUUUCAGGAGAUGAAACAGCUAGGCCCCGAGCUACCGCACGUGCCGGGAGAGGAGAGGUGGUACGCGCAGCUGCCGACGGACAAGACGCACGAGUUUCACAAGGAGCUCGCGAGCGAGGCGGCGAGGCCCGGCGGGGGCAGUCGGGAGCCCGUCUCUGGGUUCUCCACACACCGCGUCGAUGCAGCCGUCGUCGUCAAGCUGAGAGAGUUCGUCUCGUACGGCGAGACGCGGGUCUACGCGAUUCGCAAGCGCCUCAGGUGA